UAUCCUACGGUCUUUGAUUCUUGUUUUUCUUUUCAUUGCCUUGACGUGUGACAGCACUGGUCGCAACAGUAAACUAUUUAGCUAUGGUUUACUGUUGCGUUCCGUUCUGUAAAUCGAGCGGACGGACAUCAAAUGGCAUCUCGUUCCACGAGUUUCCUGUCACCGAUGUGCGCCUACUUUGGCUGAAAAAGAUUUCUCGCCAAAGUGAAGGUCCGGGAAAAGAGCCAUGGAUUCCAAGUGACCGAAGUAAAGUGUGCAGCCUUCAUUUUAAGGCCGAGGAUUACAAGCAGGGCUUGAAGUCGAAAAGGCUAAAACCAGAUGCCGUUCCAUCAAUUUUUCCAAGCUACCCAACGUAUCUGCAGGAGCAGCCCAAGAAGGGGCGAAGAGAGUUGAAGCGCCCAUCACCUUCGUCACCUGCAGGCGGACUUGAUGUGGAUGCCAAAAGGAAAAUGGUGGGAACUCCCAACUUUCAGUCUGAGGUCCAAAGCAGAGAAGUCGAAAGUGAGCACAAUGCAGGUAGUGGCUUGUUUGAACCUUCAUCUGCACAGGAACAAGGCAACCCGGAAUUCAUGUCAUUAGAAAAGUCCUGCGAUUCUAACGUUGCACCUGGUCAAGUACAAGAUGGUCCCGAAAGUGCACAGACUUGUUCUGCAGCAAUACCAUUAGCGCUCUCAAUAAAUGAUAAAUCGACAGAGUGUGCAUCGCAGGAAAUGCCACCAAUAUUGCUACUUGCACCUGCAACAUCAUGCAAGACUUCCUUGGUUUUGAAGAAGCUCACCAGGACACGAGGGAUGCAGACAAGACUUCACUCCACAAAAAUAGUGAAGCUAGAGAAGAAGCUGAAGACCUUGACAAGGAAGUGCCAAAGACUUGUUAAGAAGAGAGAGAGUCUGCAAGAAGAAGCUUCUUCACUGAGAAAACGGAUGAAAAAAAUGGAUGCCUGCAUGAAAAAAUCAAAUUUCACCAUUCUCCAGGAGAAGAUAGACAACAACGACCCAAAGGCUUUGUUUCUUCAGGAACAGCUUGUUUUAUUGAGUGCCAAAAAGAAACACUGGCGUGAAGAAACAAUAAGAAACUGUGUUCUUUGGCACGGCAAAUCACCAUCUGGGUACCGUUUGCUCCGGGAGACGGGUGUACUAGUGCUGCCCAGCCGUUCCACAUUGAAGCGCUAUAUUGGAGCGUGCACAGGACAAGUCGUGUCCUCCCUUAUCAAAAAGCGGCUUCAUGUUGAAGCUAAACUUCACAACGAACAGGCACGUUGCGGAUCUCUUGUCAUGGACGAGAUGUCCAUAAAACAAGCAAUGACGUAUCAAAAGCACUCCGACACUGUGCAUGGUUUGGUGGACCUGGGGGGUGCAGAAGAAGACUAUGGCCUGGAGGACCAGCUGGCAACACAUCUUCUGUGCUUUGUCUUUGUGGGGUUGUCUACCCAUUAUAGGCUUCCUGUUGGAUACUAUUUCACAAAAGCUUUGAAUGGUGAACAGCUCCAUCUGCUAGCCUUGAAAGUUAUGGAGUGUGUAGAAGAUGCUGGGUUCAAAGUGACACGACUUGUUGGUGAUAACCACAGUGCCAAUUGCAAGUUUUUUGCAAUGUUGUCUGGAGGCAGCAUCAAACCUGUUAUCACGCACCCUCUUGAUUCCAGUCGCAGCUUGUUCAUUUCAUUUGAUUACUGCCAUAUCCUGAAAAACAUCAGGAAUCAAUUUUUAGAUGUAAAGAGAAUUUUCAGGAAGAGUGGCAUUCUCAUCCUUCCAGACUACCUAAGGAACUUGUACGACCUGCAAGAAAAGCAAGGUGCCUUCAAGCUGGUGAGGUGCCUCACAAAGAAGCACCUCUGGCCAAGUAAUUUUGAAAAAAUGGGUGUUGGCAGAGCGGUUGCUAUCUUUUCCCCGCAGGUGACAUCAGUUUUGAGGUUUCUCCAGCAGCACGGAGAUCACCUAGGCGCUCGUGGCUUUGAAGAUUGCCUGCCAACUGUAGAAUUUAUGGAAAUGGUCUACAAGUGGUUUGUGUUGCACAACAUCCAAAGCACAACGUUGCACUGGACCAGCAGAGAUGCCAUGAGGAUGCCUUUCUAUGGAGAGGAUGAUGAGCGACUUGUUUGGCUCGAGAAAGAGUGCCUGCGUUACUUCGAAUCAUGGAAGGAAAGCUCGAGCUACAAAUUGGAAUUUCUUUCCAAUGAGACGUACGAAGCUUUGCGAGUGACGACGAUGUCAACAAUCCUCUGCACCAGGCACCUCCUCAGCACAGGAUUCAAGUUUGUGCUGACUGCAAGAUUCUCGAGCGAUGAUGUUGAGUCACUGUUCUCUUCCAUUAGGCAGCUGAACGGCUCAAACGAUCAAACAGAUGCAUAUGCUGCCCUCUCGGCGCUCCAGAAAGUGCUGGUGACUGGAAUAAUUCACUCCUCUCCAUCCAGCAAUGUUGGGAGUGUUGUGGGACAAUUGGGUUUGGCUACAGUGCCUCCUCUUGCUCCGACAAAGGCCACUUCUGAGACCGACAUCAAGAAGCUCUUGCGUCCGCACCUGACCAUGCUGGAACGCUACCCACAUCCUCCACAACAAAGCCUGCGGUCCAGCACUCUUGCUCUGAUUGCUGGGUUUCUCGUGCGAGCGGUUCGAGACAACAUUAUGUGUGAAGGGUGCAUCAUGAAGCUUGAAUCGCCUAAGUCACACUCGACGACAACGGCCAUAAUUGCAGGCAUUGAUAGGGGUGGACUGUCAUACCCCAGCAUAGCUUUUGUUGGCUUUGUCAGCCUCCUUGAAUUUGCUGCCUCACGAGCGGCAGCUUUGCUCAUCAGACGACCACAGCCACUGCAGAAGUUCACGUGUGCUGUGCUCCCAUCUGUCAUCAAGAACCCCCUGUUCAAGUGUGAAAGGAAUGACAGUGUAGCACAUACAACUGCACUCGUUAAGUUGAUUCUCGUGAAGUUCCUGCGACCCUUUCUGGCAAACUUUUCCAGCAACAUGACUGAGACACAUGCAAAAAGGAAGUUGCUGCACAGCAAGCCACAGUCGCGAAAGGUGCUCAAGGUUUGAGUGGCAAACAAAUAAAAAAAAUGUACUGGCAUUUCACAAUGCAUGAAGUGUGUUCCUUCUGCAUGAGCAUUUUCCUUAGUGUGACGUGGAUAAGUUUCUCAAAUAAUGAGCUUUAGCGUUUAUUUAGUGGGUUAUUAGGGACACAGCAGUUGAGAGGCCCUACUAAGGGAAGUGCAGCAAAAUAUAUUUGCAGAAAGACCCAGGUUAAUUGCAGUCACCUAAGACGCCUUUGCAUUUUGCUCUUGCAAGUAACACAAGUGUGCUGGUUUCAUUGGGACAUGAUGAAGUGCCAGUGCUCGUAACAGACCAAAUGCAUGGUAAGUGAAGCAGCUUGGUCCGCGUAAUGCAUAAAAAGGUGUGUUAAGUACGGUCGUGGUUAAACGUAGCUUACGCUACUUUAUAUAAACAUAUGCCUGGAGCUAAUCGUACUUCAUAUAA